UGCUACCACCUUAACUACCAAAAACAUUGGUUGCAAGAUAUACCCUACAUUAUUCGGCUAUAUGAAAAUAUCACGAAAAGACUGGAAAAACAAUCUGAAUUUAGAAAACCGCUCGAAUGGUUACUGCAUUUUAGUUCCGUUCCUCCCAUGAUGACCAAAAUGUCCGACAAACUGGAAUUUGCGCGAGAUCUUGAACAAUAUUUUUCCACUUUAGGUUAUUUAUUACUUUGUCUGCAGGACGACGAUUUAAAAAAAUUAGUAAUUGGUACAAUUAAAACGUUACUAGAUUAUAAACCACCUAUUGGAUAUUGUUGCGUACUUCUUGAAGAUUGUAACGCAGCAGUGGAAGCCAGUCAACUCCCAGAAAUUUUGGCUCAACUUGCAGACUUUGUAAAUGACGAUAUAUAUCCCUUGUUGCUCAAUUUGAUGUACCUGGUUUGUACAAUAUCCAAAAAGACAUGUCAGAAAAUGUUAUCGCAAGGUGUACUUGAAUUUUUGUUAAAAAGAUUCGAACCGACUUGGCGUGAACGAGAUGAACACACAAAACCUGUCAAUCCCUCAGUCAGAAACACUAUUCCCACUUUUGAAGACACCUGUUGCGUGUUAUGGAAACUACUGAAUGCAAUAGAUAACACGAUACAUGUUAAAGAGCCAUCGGAAUUUGCCUUGUGGAGCCUGCAGUACGCAUUUCGAUGGUCGAAUGUCUGCCCAGAACAGAAGUUUAAUCGCAAUAAUUUAACAGCGCUCAUUUUGAAAAUCCUGCUAACUUUUCCUGCAAAGGAUUUUUCGACAACUGACAUUUUCGAGGAUAUAUUAAUACUCUCCGUAACUGCAGCAGGUUGUGGAUGUCUUUCAAAUUUAGAGUUUUCGGAAGACGAGAUGGAUUUUCAGUUCAAAAAAAUUAUCUGGUCGUGUCUACACUUCUUUCAACCAACAACACCUUUUGUGGUAUGUAAACGGUACAACAUGCGUGUGUUUAUGGUGUGGACAAUGCAUUUUUUGCAGUUUGUCGAAAAAAAUGAAAUUACAAAAGCGUUCCUAAAAAAAGUAUUUGAAGAGCAUACAACUGAUAAAAAUCACAUUGAGCAAUACUGCGAACUUGUUAAAAUUGUACUAAAGAUAAUACCCAAAUUUGUGUCCUCAGUGGAAACUUUACUAUACUUAAAUGGACCGAUUAAACUCAUCAGCAUAAUUGAAGGCUAUUUGUUAAAAACGUACAACAUAGAAGUACUAGAAGCCUAUCUGUACUGCUUAAGUCAACUUCUGUUUCCACAUGACGAGGAUAUCAUUGGUGUAGUUGGAGAAUAUCGAACAGCCGACAUAGUCUUGGGUAGAUUAACUAUACCUACUACGCAAAUAAUAAAUUACGCACCUUUUUAUUUGGCAGAUGUUUGUGUCAAAAUUCUUGACAACACAACUACUUUGUCAAGAAUGUAUCAAAAGGCUUUGGCACAUGGUUUCUGCGUUUUAUACGUUCUUUGCACAUUCGAUUUUUUACGCAAUUUCAACGCUAUUAACUUAUGUACUAGGUUUCUAAGACGUGUCAUCGACCCACCACCAACCGAUCCCCUCAUCGACGUUCGAGUCAUCAUUUGUGGCAUCCAUUUGCUCUGGGAGUGUAUGAUUACGUCUAGAGAAUUCUACAGAGAGUUUCUGAAAGCAGGAGGAGUCUAUCUUUUACUUGACGUCACAGAAGCAUGUACUUUUCCAAUAAAGUCACUGUCGCUUGGAGUCCUUGCAGACGCCUCCAAAAAACUAUCCAGUAUUCCUUAUUUCAUCACUUGGAGAAAACAUGGGAAGAGAUUACGACCAAUGCUUUUGGAAAUAUUUAGAAACAAAACAGAGAAAGAGUGUGACGGUGUAAACAAUACCGAAAUUCAGAAAGGAAAAUUCAAAAAUGUGUGGCUGUCACUGUGUCAAAAGCAGAGAAUCUAUUUUCACACUGGCUGCGUUCGAAACGAUGAACUUCUCAGAAUAUGUAGGUGUAGGAUACAUGGGAUAUUGUUUUCCCUAAAAGUACGAUUUAAAGAUAAAGUCGCGAUUGCGAAUGAACACUACAAGCUGUUUAACGAAAAAUUAGGGCUUGAUGAUGAGAUAACAGCCCUAUUUGCCGAGAACUUCUUGUCUUUGACCAUGUGUAAAUCGUGGUUAACAGUGGCCAAGGAAUUAAAAAAUGAAGGAAUCACACCCGUUGACACCGACUAUGAGAGACUAAAUGAACAGGUUGAAGUAAUUAAAUGUUGGAAGUCCUUUCUGAGGGACUUAAUUCAAACCGCUGUUGAAAAACAAAAGAAAAACGAGAAAACGAGCGAGCUGGAGCUGUACUCAAUUUUAAAAGAGGCGCGAUUAUCAGACGCUUUAGAUGCCUUAAAGGAACUACGUUACAUAUCAAACUGCACAGAAAGAAUGUUCCAGAUGAGGCAAAAAUUAGUGCAACAGCAAGACAUUGAACCGAAACGGACUCCAAGUCUCAACUUUCAUAGAACAAUAUGUGAAUUGCCGUUUACUAGCAUCUACAAUCAAAGUAUUAACAUACAGAGCAAUAUUAUUUAUGAGAAGAAAGAAGAACAGAUCUCUCCUACUCCCAUUUCUUUGCAUUACAGUGAAUCGCUUUCACAGGACAGUUCUGACCACAGUUUAGACGAAUAUUCAGUGAACUGUGAUAUGGAUUAAGCAAAUGGUUAUGGUUAUUUUUUAUUCAGCAUGUAUUAAAUACAAAAAUAAUUUAAAUACAAAAUUAAUUGUUUGUUUACAUGAAGCUAGAUUAUUUCUUGGUAUUCAGUAUUUGACAUUUUAAAGUAAUGUUUAAGUCAAUGUAAUUAUUGCUGUAGAAAAUACACAGAGUUCCACGUAAACA